GGUGCACGGAGUGGGACAAGUCACAUUUGUCAAGCAUAACUCAAGCAAUAUGGCCGAUUUCAACGCUAUCCUCGAGAAGACCAAGGCCUUCAGCAAGAAGCCCCCAACGGAGGUGUACCUGGAGUUCUACGGCCUGUACAAGCAGUUCCAGGAGGGCGACAUCAACAUUGAGAAGCCCGCCGAUGCCGAGGGUGCUGCUAAGUACGAUGCCUGGCUGAGCCGCAAGGGACUGUCCGUCGAUGAUGCCAAGGCCGCCUACGUCGCCCUGUACGAGAAGUACAACCCCAUCUACGGAUAAGCUACAGUUUAUGGCCCACUCUGAUACCAACCAAUAAAUCUUGACCAUCUGUGAACUAA